UUUCAAAACGCUAAGCAUGCGCACACUGAAUAUAGCAUGACGUCAUUAUUGUGCGCCAGCGCAGAAGAUGGCGAGCGGUAAAAAGAAUGCUAUUCUCACUUCACUAGCGGCUUAUGGAGAUGAUUCUGAGCAGGAUUCUGAUCCAGACACAGAUGAUCAAGAAUCUCAUGGUGGAUUGGUGUGGGCUGGUUAUGGAGAGGAUGAUGUGAGUCGUGUGGAGGAGGCAGAUGAGAAGCCCUCUGGGAAUGAAGACAGUGAUGAUGACAGCACCAGAAAUUCGGAAGAGGAGGAGUCAGACUCGGGGCGGACCCAAGAUGAUUUGAAGGAUGUCACUGAAGUUGAGGUUAAAGACCCCAAUGAGCUUGUUGCACAGUUUUCGGAGAAGGUUCGGAAUAUGUCUCCAGAUGAGAUCAGAAUUCCUCCUGAACCUCCCGGGCGCUGUUCCAGUCAUCUGCAGGAAAAGAUCUUUAAACUUUACGAGCGGAAGCUUCACGGAGACUUUGAUACAAACAGCCAUAUUCAAAAGAAGAAAGAGUUUCGCAAUCCAAGUAUUUAUGAGAAGCUUAUCCAGUUCUGUGGUAUUGACGAACUCGGAACCAAUUAUCCAAAAGACAUGUUUGAUCCCCAUGGUUGGUCAGAGGAUUCGUAUUAUGAGUCACUAGCCAAAGCUCAGAAAGUGGAGAUGGAUAAGCUGGAAAAAGCUAAAAAAGAAAAGACCAAGAUUGAAUUUGUGACGGGCACCAAAAAAGGUACCACUACAAAUGCAGGAGCUUUGGCCACGAACACAACUGCGUCUUCCACAGGCUCAUUUUUAUGUGAAGGUCUCAGGAAAGUUUUGCCUGGAAAUUCAAAAGGAUGUGACAUUUAUGCAAGCUUAUAGUAACAAAUUUACUGUUAGUGCUAGUUUAAUUAAUUUUGAGUUCGAUGAGCUAGCAGAUGCUCAGAAGAGGAAGAGCAAGUGGGACUCCGCAGUACCAGUGACCCUGGCACAACCCACCCUCCUCACCACCACAGCCACCCUCCCUGGAGUCGUCUCUGUGACCACAACAGCCAGCGGCACCAAGACCACAGUCAUCUCUGCAGUGGGAACCAUACUCAAAAAAGCUAAGCAAUGACACACAAAAGGCUGGGGGAUUUCACUUCAGUUUGCCAGACGAAAUGAAUGGCUGUUGCACAUGCAAACAUAAUAAGUUCUGCUGUUUUUGCUUGAGCAACAGUUGGUUUUAACAGUCUGUCAACUGGAAUAGAUGGUGUUUUCUCUUUUUCAGAAAAUGGAAAAUUCUGGAUAUUUUCCAUUGGUAUUAGACAUCUCUGUUUUGUGGUUUUGACUAGCUGUUUCAUAUACCUUUAUCUGAUGGCUGAUUCCUUGAUUUAAACUUCUUGGUUGUCUUAGCUCAGAUGGUUUCCAUUGAAUUCAUGAUUUUUGUAUGUAAAAACGAUCAUAUGUGUCUGUUGCAGUGAAGCCAUCUGAACUUUCAUGUCCAACGUAUGAAAACUGAAACUUGCAAUAAUUUAUUGCUUAUCAGUGAAUUAGAAUUUUCUUUUCAGUAAUCAUUCAAUGUUUAAUAUAUACUCAGUCUGGUCUCUCUACUAUCUGUGUUUCCAUUUUAAUGCUUUGGAUAGGUCAUGUCACACAGAACACCAAUUAAACAUCACAAGAUGAUUAAUUCAUUAAGGAGUAAUUUUAUUAUAAAAAUAACUAAUCAGGGUUAUCUGACUGUAUUAUUGCAUUUAUUAUGUACUUAUAUUUUGGUGCAAGUUCAUUUUUACAGUUUAUUUUUAUGUCAUUUUAGCAAUGCAAGUAGUUUUUUUUAACAUGUAUAUAUUAAAAUGACUCUGGCUUCUCUAUAGCUCAGCAGUGUAAAAAUAAAAGUUUUUUUGUAUAAAUACAAAUCUGUUGAAUUUUAUUGCAUUAAUUACUAAUUGCUAUCUUUAAUUCAAAUCUGAAAGGAUCUGCCUCUGGAAUGAAGAACAGCCAUAUAUUGUGAUGUCAGGUAGUAUUGAGGAAUGUCUAUCAGGUUCUGAAUUUGGAAGAUAGUGUGUGUUUACUAGAUGGAGCUCUAAUUUAUAUUCACCCAAUACCGUUUUUUAAUUUUAAACUUGAACCUUCCAGACUUUCAUUCUAGCUAAGAAAUGCUGGGCAGUGAGGUUCAUUGAUGAUUUGUUUGGUCUUAUUUAAAACCAUCCGCUGGGAAUAUGGUUGUGCAGCCUAGUGGUUAUAGAUCUGGGCUUGGUAAUUAAAAUGUUGUGGGUUCUACCCUUGAGCUAGACACUUAUUUAAAAAUAACAUUUAGAACAUUUAGAAAGGUUCUGUGUUUGUAUUAUAUUUUUUGUUUUCUGAAAGAAUCGUCUUUUGUUCAGCAUAUUCAGUAUUGUGAAAUAUUACAAUUGAAAUUAUAAUUAAAGAUAAUUAUCAUCAGUUAAAAA